AUGGCUCCAAGACUCGAAGGGAAAGUUGCCAUCAUCACUGGCGCUGCUUCCGGCUUUGGCAAGGGCAUUGCUACAAAAUUUGUAGAAGAAGGCGCCAAAGUCCUCAUUGUUGACUUGUCUGAAGAAUCGGGCCAGAAAGUCGCCAAAGAACUUAGUUGCGAGUUUGUCGUUGGCGAUGUCACAAAACGAACGCACUGGCAAGAGAUACUACGCAAAUCGCUAGAAAUCUUUGGGGGUUUGGAUAUUGUCGUCAAUAAUGCCGGAGCCACUUACGCCAACAAACCGACCACUUCAGUCACGGAUGCAGAUUUUGAUCUCGUUAUGAAUGUCAAUGUCAAGUCGAUAUACCUGUCAACGGACGUCAUUGUGCCGUAUUUCCUCGAUAAUAAUCGCCCUGGAGUCUUUAUUCAGAUCAGCUCAACGGCGGCAAUCAGGCCACGGCCAGGAUUGACGUGGUACAACGCAUCCAAGGGGGCGGUUAGUAUUGCAUCCAAGUCAAUGGCCGCGGAAUUUGGCUCCAGGCAGGUGCGAUUCAAUACUGUCUGUCCGGUGGUUGUAAGCACGGGAAUGACACAUCUUUUCCUCGGAAAGCCAGAUACAGAGGAAAACAGAGCAGCCUUUGUGGAAACCAUUCCACUCCGUCGCCCUUCAACGCCAGCUGAUGUAGCCAAUGCAUGCUGUUACCUCGCCAGCGAUGAGGCGGCAUUCAUUACAGGGGUUGAUUUGGAGGUCGAUGGCGGACGAUGUAUAUGA